CUUCUCUCUACUGUAAAAAUUAUAGACCAAAAUGGCCCUUAGACUGCUGACAAAGAACGCUGCAGUUACCGCUGCCCGUCCUGCCAUGUUGAGCGCCUCGCGCCGUACUGCUGGCAUUGCUGCCGUCCGUGCCUAUUCCGCCGAAACUGAAGCUGCCCCCAAGAAGUCUUCUAUCCUUGACUCGCUUCCUGGCGACUCGCUUGCUUCCAAGGCUGCCUACUUGACCGUUGGUGGUGGUGCUGCCGCUGCCCUGAUCUCCAAGGAAAUCUACAUCUUGAACGAGGAAACUUUGGUCUUGGUUGCCUCUGGUGGUCUUUUGGCUGUUUUGCUCAAGUACCUUCGUGAACCCUACAACAACAUGGCCAACGACCACAUUGAGCGUAUCAAGAGCGUCUUGAACAAGGCUCGUGCCGACCACAAGACCGCCGUUCAGGAGCGUAUUGACUCAGUUGGCGAAAUGAAGGAUCUUGUUGAUGUCACCAAGGGUUUGUUCGAGUUGUCCCGCGAGACCGCCAAGAUUGAGGCUGAGGCUUUUGAAUUGAAGCAGCAGGUCGCUGUUGCUCAAGAAGUCAAGGGCACCCUCGACUCGUGGGUUCGUCACGAAGCUAACCUCCGUGAGCGCGAGCAGAAGCAAUUGGCUGCUUACUUGAUCGAGAAGAUCCAGAAGGAUUUGCAGGACCCCUCCAUCCAGCAGCAGAUUUUGGAUCAAGCUGUUACUGAUGUUGAGAAGCUCGCCAAGUCUGCUUAAACAGUCCUUUAUUUUAAUGUAAUAUACAAAAAAUUAUGCACAUAAAGAAGUCCUCACGCAUUAGAAUAAUGGAAA